ACGCUUCUGCUAAUGGCCUUUGUGUGAAGGCGGGGAGGACUCGUCUCGGUUAGGCUGCUGAUUAGCAACAAACAGAAGGUUACGAGUUUAAGAAAUUGGACCGCCAGCCUGUCUUUGCGGCACCGAGAGCGGCGCUAACUGUGGCGGAUGUCCAACCGGAGCUUGUUGUGUCGCUUUUGAGCGGAACCCCGGUGGUGAUUUCGCAACAUUUCGGGGGCUUAUCGCCGAGACAACCCCUCGCGUUCAGGUCGUUUCAAGUGGCGAUGCUGAGCCGAUAGCUGCGUCAUCAUGUUGCUUCCGACUCGAGUUGUCGAAAAGAAAUCUCAAGUUAACGCCAGCGGUGAGGCUGCCCGCCGUCAUCCCGCCGGAGGCCACUCCCGACCCCUGAGAUAGAUGGAAGACGAGCUGCUGGUGUGCGGCUCACGGUGAAACCCGGUCUUACGGUGUCGCUGUGAAACUGGUGACUUUACAUCACUUCGCGCGAUAUAUAUAUAUACUGCGUUUAUUACCUAACGUUUACAAUCGGAUGGACGUCCAUUGAUGUUGCGUCGCGUUAGAAAAAAAGCGCAAUUUUUACAAAAAAUAUGACCAACCUCUGAAAGUUUAACUGGAUGCGUAUUUUAGGGAUGUUAGCCACAACUGUUUGGAGAGUGAGAAGUGAUGCUCUCACUGACAGUUAGGGUGCGUUACGAAGCAGGACCCUCUAGUGAAAUGCUGCUCACUCCCACCUGGUGGGGACUAUCUUCGUUAGCGCCAGUGGAGAAAAACUAGCUUUUGUAAGCAAUGAGAGACGUGGUGGUGCAUUUGAGCUUAACAGGCUAAUUUGUAGUCGUCCAGCGGGAUAUGUCAGCCUGUUAGCGGGGUGUAUAGUUGCCAAUUAUUGUUGGGGUCGGUGGUCUGUUGUCUGCUGUCAGCGUAUCCACGUGGACUUUGUUUCAGGUCGGUGGUGUAAAGUUUGGCGUUGUAACAUUACCGGGUGUUUGAGAGGGGGCAGGUGCGGUCCUUCUAAAGUUAAAUAUACAUUACAAUAUAAAAAAUGGCCGGCGACUGCACCCACACCAAUGCCCGUUACGCGAACGCAGAGACGGUUUGUCCGUCCAAGCCGUGGUCGGACGGAGCCGGAACCGGAGCGAUGGAGUCCGCCGGGAACUCUGAGGGGCGUGGACUUCCCACACGGUGGUCGCCCAACUUCGAGACGAUAGACGGGCUGUUGUACCGCAAGAAGCUGGAAAGAGGCUUCGUCAACUACCGGGAGGUUUUGGACGAGGAUCGGAGACCCGAGGCCCUCUCCACCUUUCACCGGCGGAGGCUCGGCCAGCGCCACCUCUCCCUGGAGGAGACUUAUAAAUGCGUGGCUGAAAACUACUGGUGGGAAGGGAUGUAUUUCCAGAUCAGAGAUUUUGUCCUGGGCUGUCUAGAAUGCCAGCGCACCAAGAAAACAGAGGAGCCGGGUGGCAGAGGAUGUGUCACGAAGACGAUGGAGUCGCAUAGCGGCGACAUGCUGAGCAAGCUGAGGAGUCAGCGGGAGGCGGGGCUGUUCUGUGACAUUACACUGCGGACCAACGGGAGGUCCUACUCGGCCCACAGAGCCGUCUUGGCGGCCGUCAGCGAUCACUUCCAGGAAGUCUUCACGGAAAUGGACUCGAGCAUGAAGGCAGACAUAGAUCUCACCGGUUUUGGAGAGGACAACCUUCUGUCUCUGCUGGAGUUCUCCUACUCCUCCACUCUGUGCGUUCGCCAGCAGGACCUACCCGAAGUCAUCGCCAUGGCCCGCCACCUGGGCAUGUGGCCCGCGGUGGAAGCCUGCUCUGCUCUCAUGAAGGAGCAGGAGCAGAAACUCCAUCCUCGCAAGGACUUCGCCUCAGCCUGUUGCUGCCAGCAGAGGGAAGGCAAAAGGAAAAGGCUUUUUGGAUCGGAGAACCAUGUGGACAACGGCUUCAGUCGAAUGCUGGGUGCAUCCGAUGAGUCUUUAGAAGGGAGUCCGAGGCGAAACUUGCGGAGGACGCCGAAGGCCGAAGGCCACAACGGCCUCCCUCUUAGCCCCUCGCACAGGAUGAAGCUCAUGGACUUCAAAUCUCCCUCACUCAAGAAAGCCACCACGCCUCGACACACCAACCCGCAGAAUUACUCGCGCAUAUCUCCACCGAACACCCGUCUCCUCCGCUCCACUCCCGGGGCUGCCAAAGAGGUUCUGAGGUUGCUGCCCGUGCCGGAGAGCCCUCGGCGAAACCGAAAGGCUCACUCUAUCGCCCAGCUCUCCCGCACCUCUAUGUCGAUGGUUAAGAAGGUCGCGGUGCGCAGCCCCGUGAGGGUAAAGCAGGAAGUGGAGGAGGUCGGAGAGGAUGAACAGGAUAACGCGAGGGCACAGGAGAAGUACGAGCUGAUGAAUGUUCUCGGGUUGCAGAGGACCGCCCUCCUCCCCAGACCUGAAGAUCUGAUUGGCUGGCGACAGAAGAAACGCCUGAGGAAGCUGAAGGCGAACAACUAUUCACUGACAAAUCGGCGGAAACCACGCCCCACCUCCCCGGGACUACCGUACGGGGCUCUGACACUGUCCCUUCCCCUCUGUAACCCCGUUAACACCCACCUCCUCAACAAGUCAGGGAAGACCAGGCCCGUGGGUCCGGUCAGCAAAGAGCAGAUGACGGCAAAGAGGCCAAAGGCCAUCCCGCGACACAUCCCUCCAAGUGACAGGAGCAUGCGGAGUCAAGGUAUGUUGCCAGACAUGUUCCAGCCCGCAUGCAGGGCUCUCUUUGGUGGGAGGAACCUCAGACGGUCAGUGAGGAAGGGCGACGGCGCCCGCCUUCCUGCCCAGCCGCCUCAGCAACGCAACACCAAGAAAGUGCUCGUGAGAAACGCGGUCAGGAUCAAAUCGGAGCCGACCGAAUACUCCGUCUUAGGCUUCCCUCUUUCAUCCAACAAAUUGCCGCCUUCACACAGGACACAAGCCAAGAAUCAGGUCCCCGUAGAGACGGUCAGAACGCCGCAUUACAACAGCAGCCGACCGGCACCGAAGGCCAAGCUUAGGCGGGGCUCCAUGGUGGAGGUGGAGAAGACGAUGCGCAGAGAGGAGGGCAGGAAGAUCGGGGUCAUGGAUAACGAACCCGACGGGCUCCAGUUUUCGGAGCGAGCACCUCCGGCAUCCCUCUACAGCCACCCUCUGUACAAAGUCAUCAAAGAGGAGCCCGCGGACCCCGUGCCAGUGGGAGGACCUUUCCCCGAGCCUCCCUCGUCGGACCUGGGCAAGCGCCAGAGCAAGCCCCCCAUCAAACUACUGGACUCGGGCUUUCUUUUCAGCUUCUGUCGGCCCGCGGGGGGGCCGAUGGCGUGCCUGAAGAAAGAGGAGGAGAGCGUGGAUAUCUGCCUGACGCGCUCUGUGUCACAAGUUGGGGAGAAAUUUGGAGCAGAGGAGUCCCCCCACAGGGCGCUGAGAGCCAGAGGGCCGACCCCGCUGCCUGCGGUGAAGAAGGAGAGGAGCGUGAGCCAAAGCAGAGCUCAGAGACCCCGGCAAAACUCCCGACACAGCACUCCUCACCUGGCCAAACCUGUCGGGUCAAAGGCCAAGCCAAAGCAGCAAGGUACUCUCCCUCCGAGCAGCAGGAGCUGCGUCCCGCCGGACGCUGUCCGUCGGGCGAGGCUGAAGCGGCUCCGAGGGCCUCGUAGUCAAGUCCCAAAAGCGGCCCACACCUGUGUGCAGUGCCCGGCCUCCUACAAGGACUGUGAUGCUCUAAUCAUGCAUCGCCUCAGGCACAUCGAGGGCAAGCACUGGCCAUGUCUGCUCUGCAGUAAGACGUUCUUUCGACUGAGGAACGUACGGAACCACAUCCGCACCCACGACCCCAAGUUGUACAAAUGUCGGAGCUGCAUUGCUGCCGGUUCCUGAGGGUCUGCUCCAGCAGCGAGACUGAGGAUGAAGGCUUUCGCUGUGUGACACCAGCGACCCGCUGACGCCAGAGGCACAUGAUCGAUCAGCAGCUUGUAAAUAAUGCGUCUGUCACACACAAGAACAAACGGGCUGUGGAAAAGGCAUAAUUACUCUGAUUCUAAUCAUUGCUGUCGCCAACGAUCGCUAAUGUUAAUUAAAUAACCAAACCGAGGCUGCUGGUCCUGUUUGGGUUAAACUUGAACAUUACACUCAGGGGGUGGGGAAUGUCGUGCCACGGUAUAAAGUGAUCUAAUGUCACGGUUGUGUAUAAAAUGAAAUGUAAAGUGAUUGUUAUAACUAUUACUGCUACGUAUUAUUAUUUUUAUAUGUAUAGAUGCAUCUCGAGUGCACUUAUGUCAUAGCUUACGUUGUAAACCUAAGAAGCGGUGAUGAAAUUGAAGGUUUUGGAGUCGGCGGCGGGAAAACUUGAAGUGAUGAAAGAGCUGGAGGGAAUACUUGAAGUGGGCGGGGUCCUAGGAGUGAGAAGGUCCUUUGGGUGCUUCACUGGGUCUUUGUCCUCUUGGUGUGCUAACCAGUCUGUCCCCUCCUUACGUAUUUAUCUCUCAUCGUGUCUCGUGGUCGGGGGUUUGACUCCGGGCCGGUAUGGUGACACCACUGCAUGUGUAUUCGCGGGCCGUUUGUGGUCCGCUGUCUUUUCUAAGGCUGCCAAUUUUGAAAAAGGGAAAUGUGUGUGUCGUUUUUAAUGUGAAUUUCUGGCUAGUAAUCAACACAGAUGUUAUAUUGAUCUCUUCCACUUUGAUCCAAGAAAAAGACACUUGUCGUCUUGUUCUACUAAAAAAAAUUCCCCUCCUACUGAAUGAUGGUCACAUUAAGAGAUAUUUAAGUUUCACAAAAUGAUUUUAGAAAUAAAUGAGCUGUCUAUUGCUAUCUGUUAAAAUAAUGAAUAAAUUGUUGCCUUUUACAUCUUGUUGUUCUGGCUUUAAUUACAUGUUUUAGGUUUUAUUACUGUAACUGAACAAAGGACACAAUUCUUGAUUUAUUAAAUUUGUAUUAUUCUAACCAUAGAAACAAACUAUGUAGAGAUGCAUAUGUUAGAUAUUGUAUUUCUAUUGCCAAAAAAUACUCUUAACUUGAAACAAGUACUCUAUCAACUAUUAGUCUGUUAUGAUAAUUAAUUGGUUUCAAGCUAAAAUGGAAAUCAUUAUGUGGUUCCAGCCUCUCAAAUGGGCGUAUUUGCUGCUUUUCAUUGUCUUAAUAUUAAAGUCAAUUUGUUUGGACAAAACAAGCCACAAGAAGGUGUCUGUUGGGCUUUAGGAAAUGUUUCAUCAUUUUAAAAAACAAACGAUUAAUUGAGAAAAGGUCUAGCACAUUAAUAGAUCAUGAAAAUAAUUAUUUCAGGAGAUAUUUUUUAACCUGGAGAGAAAAUAUUUCCAUCUACAAUAUUAACGAUCUUAUAGUGCAAACCUGCUCCCGUUACAAAGUCGUAGUGGUGGUGAUAACGAGGCACUGGAUUGUUGGAUAAAUCUGCAGUGGGUUCAGCUCUGAACAUUUAUCCGGUCAGGAGGAGGAGGAGUUCUGUCUGUGGACGUUGUGAUCCAGGAGGAAUGAGGAAGAGCUUUAGGUGUGAAUCACACAUCUUUGCAUCCUUUCUGACUGAUUCAGCCGCAGCAUAAAUGAAGGUUGUUGUGUUAUCACGUGUGCAGCAAGACCAGCUGAAGUACAGACUCAUGUUAAACCAAUUUAAGAAGAAGCCGUGAUGAGCCGUCCGACAGCAUUUAGUCAUUACACCGAGAAGCUGGAACACAAAAUGUACAAUGACAGGUAGGAGCAGCUAAUAUGUGGAUACAUGGGACAGUCAUCAUUUUCAAAAAUUAUGAAAAAUAGUUAAAUUAGGCAUUUUGAGUUCAGUAAGGCAAUCAAUACAUACAAAAUAUGGAAAUAAAACAUCAAAUAGUGAAAAUAAGGCUUUUGAAAUGAAUAAAUUAAAUAUACUGGGAGUCCACAUAUAUUAAUGAAUUUGGGGGAAAGUACGUAUGGUGUGCAGCAUGAUACACUCACCGGCCACUUUAAUAGGCACACCUGUUCAAUUGCUUGUUAACACAAAUAGCUAAUCAGCCAAUCACAUCGCAGCAACUCAAUGCAUUUAGGCCUCUAGACGUGGUGAAGACGACUCGCUGAAGUUCAAAGCGAGCAUCAGAACGGGGAAGAACGGGGAUUUAAGUGACUUUGAACGUGGCAUGGUUGUUGGUGCCAGACGGGAUGGUCUGAGUAUUUCAAAAACUGCUGAUCUACUGGGAUUUUCAAGCUCAACCAUCUCUAGCGUUCAUAGAGAAUGGUCCGAAAAAGAGAAAAUAUCCAGUGAGCGGUAGUUGUGUGGACGAAAAUGCCUCGUUGAUGUCAGAGGUCAGAGGAGAAUGGGCAGAGUGGUUGGAGGUGAUAGAAAGGCAACAGUAACUCAAUUAACCACUCGUUACAACCGAGGUAUGCAGAACACCAUCUCUGAACGCACAACACGUGGAACCUUGAAGCAGACGGGUUACAGCAGCAGAAGAC